GGUGCCCAGUGCCAGCAAAACGUGUGUAGAGCUUAUUACUCUUAAACUCCAUUCAUGCCUCCAAACUUUCCUCUUUCCGUCCCCAAUGACUUGUACAGACGCGGUUAUCAUCGGAGAAUAUGCGCUACAUUUUCGGUUGUUUUGCUUUCUCCACUGAAAUUUCUCAGUAAGAAAGAACCUCUUGAGGCCAAUCAAUUGGCAACAGUGAGCAAGAAAACCUUUCCUAAUAAACAAUGUGGAACAUUGGUCGGUCAUUAACGGUAGGUAAUGAAGAGGAGGGAGAGAGUUUGUUGGGUGAGGAUUCAGGUGGCCUCUGCUCCCUCUCAACGACACAGAGAAUUUAUGGAUUUGCCGCUUCUUUUGUUGCUGGUGUUGUCUGCAUGCUACUGUCAAUGAUUGUUUUUGUGAAACCCAUAAAGUUUGCGGUGUUGUUCACCUUUGGCAACCUGUUAGCCGUUGGAAGUACAGGCUUUCUUCUUGGACCUGCACAACAAUUGGGAAUGAUGUUUGACCCUGUUCGGGUUUUUGCUACUGCCAUAUACCUUGGAUGCGUGGUUAUAGCACUUAUCUGUGCUCUUUGGAUUCAUAGCAAAGUUCUGACCAUAGUUGCUGUCAUAAUUGAGAUUGGUGCCCUUAUUUGGUAUAGCCUCAGUUAUAUACCUUUUGCUCGAAGAAUGGUUUCUGAGUUGAUGAUCAGAUUAUGUGAUACAGAACUUUGAAAAUCAAAUAGAAUAAAGGAAAUCAAGGAUGCUCGCUUUCUGAUUCUGUUGGGCUGAGUUGGAAUUACUCAUUGAUUAUGAAAUUCAGAUAUUAAUUGUGUUCAAUUUUUUUUCCUUCCACAUACGACACAACUAAUGAAUUAAAAUAGUUUCCACA